AAAAAAUUCAACGUUCCUUGUUAUCAAUAAAAAUAAUGUCAUAUGGCUGAAUAUAUUUUAAAUCCACCACCGAGAUGGAUAAAUUGCCCAAGAAAAGGGCAAAUUAUAGCAGACAAGUUUUUACCAUUUAAAACUCCACUUGAUAAAUCAUAUAAUAAUGUUAUUCCAGAAAUCAAUCGUUUCCCCCCAGAUAUGGUUUUUAGGCCACUAAAAUCAUUAAAUAGAAAAAUUGGACUAUGGGUUGAUUUAACAAAUACAAAUCGUUUUUAUAAUAGUACUGUAAUUCAAAACCAUGAUGCCGAAUAUGUUAAAAUACCUUGUAGAGGCCAUGGGCAAGCUCCAUCACAAGAGCAGACAGAUCAAUUUGUAGAUAAAUGCACUCGAUUUAUAGAUAAAAAUCCAAAUGAUCUCAUUGCUAUUCAUUGUACCCAUGGUUACAAUAGAACUGGUUUUUUAAUAUGUUCUUAUCUUAUUGAUCACUUGGCAUGGAGCCCAAUUGCUGCCAUUCAAGCAUUUAAUGAAUGCAGACCACCGGGUAUAUACAAGCAAGAAUAUUUGAACGAACUAUUUUCGCGCUUUGACUCCGAAAUGGAAACUCCCGUCGCACCCGAUAUACCUGAUUGGGAUUUGAAAAGUGUUACCGAACUAGGUAUUGAUGAUGACAAUGAUGGUGAAGACGUACCUAACAAUAAUGUCUCCAACUCAUUAACUACAUCAGAAUCAGAUGCCUCUCAAAGUAAAAGCUCGUUAUUUAUGGAAGGCAUAACUGGUAUCGAACAAAUCGUCAAUUCUAAACAACUCUCUUCGUUACGCAAAAUGUGCAAAGAAAUGUGCGAUUAUAAGGGAAAUUCUUUCCCAGGAAGUCAACCCGUUUCUAUGCACAUUCAAAAUAUAACUCUUUUAUCACAAAAGCCUUAUAAAGUUAGUUGGAAAGCCGAUGGAAUGAGGUACAUGAUGCUUAUUGACAAAGAAUUUGUUUAUAUGAUAGAUAGAGAUAAUCGAUAUUUUAGGGUUCACAAUUUAACUUUUCCUAAGAGAAAGCUACCUGAUCAACUUAUUGAAAACACACUCUUAGAUGGGGAAAUGGUCAUCGAUAUAGUGGGUGAAGAAAAACUUCCUCGUUAUCUCAUAUACGAUAUUAUUACAUUUGAAUCACAAAAGGUUGGCCAAAAUAUAUUUGAUAUCCGCCUCAUAUGCAUAGAUAAGGAGAUCAUACAGGUCCGAAAUCAAGCCUUCUAUUCCGGGAAAUUGGAUAAAACCAAGGAGCCUUUUGGGGUCAGAGCCAAACCCUUUUGGCCUUUGAAAGAAGCCAGGAAGCUCUGGGAAGGAGAUUUCAUGAAAAAUCUGUGUCAUACGAUGGAUGGCUUAAUUUUUCAACCUGUAUCAGAACCCUACAACAUGGGAAGAUGUGAGGAACUAUUAAAAUGGAAACCCCCCGAGCUAAAUUCUGUUGAUUUCAAAUUAAAAAUCAUGAAGGAAACAAAUUAUGGCAUGAUUCCUGAAUUCAAAGGAUAUUUAUACGUAGGCGGUUACGAUAGACCCUUCUCACAAAUUAAAGUUACGAAAGAGCUUAAAAAAUAUCACGACAAAAUAAUCGAAUGCAAAGUCGAAGAUAAACUCUGGAAAUUUAUGAAACAAAGAACUGACAAAUCUUUCCCUAAUCAUAUAUCAACAGUUAAAGGCGUAUGGGACAGUAUACAAAAUCCUAUAACGUCGAAAAUUUUAUUUUCUUACAUCGAUUCUCAUGCAUUUAGCACCGGUAAAGAUAUGCCGCAAAAAUCAAUUCCUCUUAGUCACGAUAUUAUCGAUAAAUCAAAUGCAUAA